AUGUAUGCUCAACCUUACAUACCGCAUCAUCUUGAAGUCAUGGUCAUUACGCCACAGCGGGCAUUCUCUGGGUCGGUCCGGAGUUCAGACUUGCGAAAAGCUGAGAGCCUUACGGAUAAGGCCCCGUGGCCACAAUCAUUUGAGGAUAGACAUGGUUGGACAUUUCUGAAGGACUUUGAGGAGGUUGCAGAGGCUGCUGGAUUGGAAACCGACCGGCGUAAGUUGACGGUGCUGAAGACUCUCCUCGGGGAGGGGGUGGGCGGAGGCGGCCCUGGAUGCGGCCAGAAGAAACGCUCGGAAGAUCGACUGGGCCGCCGACGAGGAAGUCCGUGCAGCGGACCACCAGGAGGCUAUGUGGCAGUUCAAGACGGCCAGGAUGGCACCUGGAUCUGA